AUGCAUCUGCUCUCCCUCUCCAUCCUCCUCCUCCUGGCUUCCUCGGCCGCCGCCCUCCCAGCAACGCCAGCAACACCCACAAACCCACCACCGUCACCAACAAACUCCCCAAGCUCACAACAACCUCCCAUCCAGCCCUUCUUCUCCACCGCCUCGCCCCUUCCAACAGGCAUAUCCGCCAACCCGGCUCCGGCUCCGGCCCCGACCCCAAUCUACUCAACCAUCACCCCCAAAUUCCCUUCCUCAAACUCCUCCUCCUCCUCACAAAACUCCUCCUCGCCGUGUGCCUCCAGUAGAUCCCUCCGCCUAGGCCCAGCUCGCCUCCACAAGAAACCGCACAACCAAGGCUUCAACUCCUCUCUUCCUCCGCCGCCAACCGCAACCCUUACACCCACCGCAAUCCCCACCGAAGCUACCGCCGCCGUAGCCGUAGCCGCCGCCGCAGCCGUAGCCGCAGCAGCUGAAACCCCAACAGACUCCGGCCCUCGCGACUACGCCUCCCUAAUCCCCCCCGCCCCGGGCGUCACCCCUCGUCCGGAGCCGAACCUCGCCGAGAUGGGCUACUACCAGACGACGUACUACUCAUGCGCGACGAGGGGCACCUCGGUCCACUGCGGCUGGCACAGACCCAUCAUGGUCGCGCCCGCCAAUAACGCCGCCGCCGCAGCCGCCCCAUCCGCGAACCGCAAAGCCGGGAUCGGGGCCAUGGUCGCGGCGGCCGUAGUCGCCGUUGUGCUCGUGGCCGGAUGA